AUGUCGGACCGCUCAGACGAUAUCAGCGAGGUGCGCAGACCAUCAGCAGCAGAUGUUGAUGGUCGCCGCCGCAGCGUUGCCAACAAGGGCCUCACAGGAGCCUCAGCAUUGACUGUCAGACAAUCGAUUUGGCCUAUCACAUUGGUCACUGUCCUCUUCUUCCUAUGGGGCUUCGCGUACGGCCUCCUCGAUGUUCUCAACGCCAAGUUCCAAACAUCUCUCAACAUCACUGCCGCCAAAGCCGGUGGUCUACAGGGUUCUUACUUCGGCGCAUACUUCAUUGGACCUCUUACCUACUCAGGAUGGGUUGUCCGCAGAUUUGGCUACCGCUGGACUUUCAUCAUGGGCUUGUGCAUCUACGGGGUGGGAGCUCUGAUGUUCUGGCCCUCAGCCAAGUUCAAGUCCUUCCCUGGCUUCUGCGGCAGUUUGUUCAUUGUUGGCUCAGGUCUAUCCACCCUUGAGACCGCUGCCAACCCAUACAUUGCCACCUGCGGUCCUCCCAGAUUGUCCGAGUUCCGUCUUGAGCUCUCCCAAUCUUUCCAGGCCAUCGGUUCAGUCGUUGCACCUCUUCUGGCUGCUCGUGUCUUCUUCAAAGAGACCAACACCAACGAUCUCUCGCAUGUCCAGUGGACCUACGUCGGCAUUGCUGCAAGUCACGGACGCGACAUGGCUCUGCAGGCCGAGCAGUGUGCCGAUCUCACUGGCUAUCAGGAGAAGCCAUUCAGGAAGCAAUACAAGCUCUUCUUCGGUGUGGCCGCUCAGUUCUGCUAUGUUGGCGCACAAGUCGCAGUCGCAUCUCAAUUCAUCCGCUACUCCGAGGAAUCGGCCGGCCUCACGGAAGCUCAGGCAUCGGACAGAUAUGCCAUCGGUCAGUCGCUCUUUGCAAUUGGUCGUUUCGCAGCCGCCGGUCUCUUCAUGUUCGUCAAGCCUCGCCUAGUCCUGCUGGUCUUCAUGACCAUGAUCAUGGUCUUCCAGGCCUGCGCUAUGGGCAUCUACGGCGAAGGAGGUAUCGCAGUCCUCUCCCUGGUCCUCUUCUUCGAGUCCUGCAUCUUCCCAACGAUCUUCACCCUCUCCAUCCGUGGUCUCGGCCGCCACACCAAGCGCGGAUCUUCCUUCAUCGUCGCGUCGGUCUGCGGUGGUGCACUGUUCCCAUCACUGACCGGUUUGGCUGCCGACAGCUCGACAUACCACAAGGCCAUGGGUGUGCCUCUGGCUGGUUUUUUCGUGUCUUUCAUCUUCCCCAUCUAUCUCAAUACUCUUUGCGCGAAAGAGCUUGACGGUUUCCGCGAGACGAAGAUUGGCUAUCACGAUGAGCGCCGCGGAACAGUCAUUGGUGAUGUCAAUGACGUUGAGACUCAGGUUGCCGUGGCCAAGCGCGCAUCUGAGGUUCAUACUGAGAAGGUGUGA